CGAUCGGCAAGUUGCAGAUUUAAUAAAGGCAAAGCUGAUGAAAGAGGGGAAAUUUCUUGUUAUUUUGGAUGAUGUAUGGGAUACUAAAAUAGACUUCGAGAAAUUCGGGAUCCCUUCUGCAAGUGAGCUGAAGCAGGCUAUGGAGAAAAGGAAUGAAGAACACUCAUCUGGACAAGAAGAUAUGCUCCGCAAGAUUCUACUAACCUCAAGAGAUCCGAAUGUUCUCUCUGGUAUGAUGGAAGAGAAAGAUCCGGUCUUUAAGGUACUUGAAUUAGAAGAUGAUGAAGCAUGGCAUCUAUUCAAGAAGAUUGUUGGCAGCAAAGUUGAAAGCUCUGAUCUUCAACCGACAGCUAAAGAGAUCGUUAAGAAAUGUCUCGGGUUGCCCGUUGCUAUUGCAUCAGUUGGAAAGGCCAUGAAAGGUAAGACUCGGCAACAUGAGUGGAAAACUGCUCUUGUGGAAUUGAAAAGGCCUAAUCCAGAAGGGAUCUCUGCAGCUGUUUUUAAGCCUAUAGAGUUGUCCUACAAGUACUUACAAGGAGAUGAACUCAAGCAAACGUUCAUGCUUUGUAGCUUGCUGGGCCAUGACUCUUCAAUCAAUGACUUGUUAAAAUAUGGUAUGGGCUUGAAUUUAUUUCGGAGGGUGAAAACAGUGGAAGAGACACGAGACAAAGUACUGACACUGGUUCACAGUCUCAAAAUCUCUUCUUUGUUGGUUGAUGGUCACAGCAAUCUGCAUUUCGGUAUGCACGAUCAGAUUCGGGAGGUUGCCCUGUCAAUUGCUUCUAGGGAACAUGGUGUAUUGGCUUUAGUAGAUGAAGAUGGAGGAAAAGACUGGCCAGAAAAGGAGACAAUGAAAAUUUUGAAGUGGAUUUAUUUGUCAAAUGGCUAUCCUGAGCUCACAAGCAAUGGGUUGAACUGUCCGCAGCUCACUUUCUUUCAUUUGUCUAACAAGGGUUGUUCUCUGGCAGUUCCAACUGAUUUGUUCACUGGAACAGAUGUGCUCAAAGUCUUAUGUUUGACUAGAAUUGAUUUUCAGUCAAUGCCCUCAGAAAUUCCCCUGAUCCCAACAAUGCUUCGAACAUUGCUUUUGGAUCAAUGUGUGUUUAGCGUCGAAGCACUAGGCGCCAUUAUGGGAAAUCUGGAGAAUUUAGAGGUCCUUAGCCUUGCAGGUUGUGCCAUUGAAGAGUUGCCAAGAGAAAUGGAGAAGCUAACCAAGCUAAAGUUGUUAGAUGUGAGUGACUGCACCAAACUGAGAGUAAUUCCACGACAAGUGUUAGCAAGAUUGUCUAAAUUGGAAGAGCUAAAAAUGGGACACAGCUUUGACCAGUGGGAUGAUGUGGAGGGAGGAAAUGCUAGGCUUGCUGAUUUAGCAGAGUUGCGUAUGCUCACUGCUUUAGAGGUACGUAUUCCUAAUUUCCAACAAACCUUGUUCCUUGAAAAUUUGGAAAGGUUCAAGAUUUUCAUAGGGAUAGUGAGCAACCCUCGGGAGCCUUGGGACCCUAGGCACAAUUACUCUUGGGACAGUAACUCCUGGAACAGCUCUUUUGAAAGCUUAAAAAUAAUGAAGCUAAAGCUGCAGGGUGCAAGCAUUAAAUGUAAUGACUCAGUUAAAAAGUUGUUGAAGAAGACAGAAGAACUGUAUCUAGAGGCAUUAAAUGGUGUCGAGGGUUUAGUUGAUGAGUUAGAUGAUGAAGGUUUUCAACAUCUGAAGUGUCUCCAUGUCCAAAAUGCUCCGGACAUUCGAGGCAUCUUUAACCCGGCAAGGAGGUUGCUUCAUUCCCAGGUAUUUCCCAUGUUGGAGGUAUUGACCCUUUCCAAUUUGCAAAAAAUGGAGAAGAUAUGUCAUGGUCUGACUGGAGCAGCACCUUUUAAAGUAUUAAGCAAGAUAACCGUUUUUCGUUGUCAUCAAUUGAAGAAUCUGUUCUCCUUCUCCAUGGCCAGACAGCUUCAACUUAAAGAAAUAACAGUAGAAAAUUGCCACAACAUUGCAGAGAUUAUUGAUGACGUGGAGGAGCAAGGCAACGGAAACGAUAUCGUUGAAGAAAGUGAAGGAUGUAAGCUUGGCAACAAUCUGCGGUCCUUAACAUUAGCAGAUCUGCCAAAACUGAAUAGCUUCUUCAACGGUGGUAAUUGCAGCGGCUUCUCACUUUUCAACGAUAAGGUUGUGUUUUCAAAUUUGGUGGAAUUGAAGUUGUUUGGGAUUAAAAUAAAUCAGUCGUGGAUAACAUCUUCCUACACUGUGACUUCUCAAGAAAUCUUGAAUUUUAAAAAGCUUAAAAGACUACGAAUUUCUGAUUGUAGCAGCUUAGAAUACCUUUUUACCCCUUUCAUGGUAUCAGGUCUUGGGCACCUCGAGAACUUGGAUGUAUCAUACUGUGGAGAUUUGAAACAAGUGAUUAUGGUAAAAGGAGUUGAGGAGGUAGUGAACACAGAGUUGAUAUUCCCAUGGCUAAACUCCAUUAAGCUAUCUUAUUGUGACAAGUUGUCAAGUUUCUAUGCUGGAAGUUUUGCACUCAAGUUCCAAUCGGCCAUAAAAAUUGGGAUACACAGGUGUCCAAACAUGAUUACAUUUGCUUCUACAUUUUCAACAGAGCAAGAGAAAGAGACAGCUUAUCGAGAAACUGAGGGACACCUUGAAAAGAAAGAACAUGAUAUUCGGAGUCGGACUAUAUUAUUUGAUACGUUGUGGAUAACAUUUUCCUACACUAUGACUUCUCAAGAAAUCUUGAAUUUCAGAAAGCUUAAAAGUCUACAUAUUACUCUUUGUAGCAGCUUAGAAUACCUUUUUACUCCUUCCAUGGUAUCAGGCCUUGGGCACCUCGAGGACUUGUUUGUAUCAAACUGUAGAGAUUUGAAACAAGUGAUUAUGGUAAAAGGAGUUGAGGAGGUAGUGAACACAGAGUUGAUAUUCCCACGGCUAAACUCCAUUUUGCUACAGCGUUGUGACAAGUUGUCAAGUUUCUAUGCUGGAAGUUCUGCACUCAAGUUCCAAUCGACCAUAAAAAUUCGGAUACACAUGUGUCCAAACAUGAUUACAUUUGCUUCUACAUUUUCAACAGAGCAAGAGAAAGAGACAGCUUAUCAAGAAACUGAGGGACACCUUGGAAAGAAAGAACCUGAUAUUCGGAGUCGGACUAUAUUCUUUGAUACGGUUGUGGUUUCAAAUUUAGAGGAAUUGUACUUGUUUGAUAUUAAAAUAAAUCAGUUGUGGAUAACAUUUUCCUACACUGCGACUUCUCAAGAAAUCUUGAAUUUCAGAAAGCUUAAAAGUCUACAAAUUACUAUUUAUAGCAGCUUAGAAUACCUUUUUACCCCUUCCAUGGUAUUAGGCCUUGGGCACCUCGAGGACUUGUAUGUAUCACAGUGUAGAGAUUUGAAACAAGUGAUUAUGGUAAAAGGAGUUGAGGAGGUAGUGAACACAGAGUUGAUAUUCCCACGGCUAAACUCCAUUGACCUAUCUUCUUGUGACAAGUUGUCAAGUUUCUAUGCUGGAAGUUCUGCACUCAAGUUCCAGUUGGGCAUAAAAAUUACCAUAAUGAGAUGUCCAAAAAUGAUUACAUUUGUUUCUACAUUUUCAACAGAGCAAGAGAAAGAGACAGCUUAUCGAGGAGUUGAGGGACAUCUUGGAAAGAAAAAACCUGAUAUUCGUAGUCAGAUUAUAUUCUUUGAUACGGUUGACAUUCCUCUCUUGGAUGACUUGUAUCUGAACUUCAUUUGUGUACAACAAAUAUGGCAUAGCCAAGUUACAUUAAUGUCCUCAUUUGUUCAAAACUUGAGGAAAUUGACAGUGCGGUACUGUAAUAAUUUGAAAUAUCUCUUCACAUCAUCAAUGGUUAAAAGUUUUGUGCAACUUGAAGUACUCAAGAUUGAGGGGUGUAAGGAGACGCAAGUGGUAAUAUUGAUAGAAGAAUUGGUAGAAAAAGAAAAGACAAGCCAGACAAUAUUUCCCAAACUAGACAACUUAGAGCUCGUUGACCUUCCGCAACUCAUAAGAUUUUGCUCCAAUUGUAAUUCUUUUGGAGAAUUAUAUGAAGCUCAAGGACUCAGUGGUAGUGGAUCACAAGUAGUUGCAGCCACACAAUCAAAGUUGGUGGAAACAGAAGUAACUCGGCUUGUAUUUCCUCGAGUAACAUACCUGGCACUUAGUCGUCUAUCCAAUUUCAAGGGUUUCUUCCCUAAAAUCCACAUCAUAAAAUGGCCAUUGUUGAAAAGAAUGCUUUUGGAACAAUGUGCCAAGGUGAAGACAUUUGCUUCAGAAUUUCCAAGCAUUGAAAUAACAUUUGGAGACAACCAACUUGAAAGGCAAACUCAAGAUCCUAUGUUUUGGAUUGGCAAGUUACGAUCACCAAAUGGGAAAAAAUAAUUGCAUGUAGCUUAUACGAAUCAUUUUUUCCUUAAAUUCAAGAAGGAAAAAGUAGGAAAACUAAAUCAAAAUAAAAUUAAUCAAAGCUUACCUUCUUCUCUUUUGAUCUUUUCUAAAUUUUGCUUUAUUUCUAUUUUAUCUAAAAGUGGCUUUUCUCUCUUUUUUUUUUAUUUGCUAUGGAAAUCUUUGAGAACUAAAAUUUUUCAUAUGAA